AUGGGUUGUGGGAAUUUCUUCUUCACCCUUGUGAUAACCUUCUCAGCAGCUCUCAUCACAUACAACAUAAUCAUCUCAGCCAAUGCAUCUCUCAAACAAGACUUCCCUGGUCCAUCAAUCCUAUCAACAUCAAAAGGGUCGAUCUCAGUUGACCCAAUAAUCAAGAUGCCAGUGGAUAGAUCGAAAACCAGUUCAUCCAAAGGGAAGAGAUUGUUCCACACAGCAGUCACAUCAUCUGACUCAAUCUACAAUACAUGGCAGUGUAGGAUCAUGUACUACUGGUUCAAGAAGUUCAAAGAUGGACCCAAUUCUGAGAUGGGUGGGUUCACAAGGAUACUGCACUCUGGCAAGCCUGACAAGUUCAUGGGUGAGAUCCCCACCUUUGUUGCUCAGCCACUUCCAGCUGGAACGGAUCAGGGGUAUAUAGUCCUCAAUAGGCCUUGGGCGUUUGUGCAAUGGCUUCAACAAGCAGACAUUAAAGAAGACUACAUAUUGAUGGCAGAGCCAGAUCAUAUUAUUGUCAAGCCCAUACCAAACUUAUCUAGAGAUGGCCUUGGAGCUGCAUUCCCUUUCUUUUACAUUGAACCUAAAAAGUAUGAGUCCGUCCUUAGAAAGUUUUUUCCUGAGGAAAAGGGACCAAUAAGCAGCAUUGAUCCAAUAGGAAAUUCUCCUGUUAUCGUAGGAAAGGAGUCUUUGAAAAACAUAGCUCCCACUUGGAUGAAUAUAUCCUUGGCAAUGAAGAAAGAUCCUGUAACUGAUAAAGCUUUCGGUUGGGUCCUUGAGAUGUAUGCUUAUGCCGUUUCAUCUGCUUUGCAUGGUGUGGGUAACAUCUUAUACAAGGACUUCAUGAUUCAGUCAGAUACCAAUGGGAAUUUACAGAACAUGGUCAUUACAGGAAAUAUGAACUGCAUCUGGGUCUAG